GUCCGCCGCCCCAGGCGGAGGAGCAGAGAGCCGAGCGCGCACCGAUGCGCUCGACGCUCGCGCCCAGCCGCCGCCAUUUUCUCCGCUGAGGGAGGGAGGGAGAAGUACGGCGGCGGAGGAGGAGGAGGAGGAGGAGGAGGAAGAGGAAGAAGAACAAGAACAAGAACAAGAGGAAGAAGAACAAGAAGAGGGCGGUGGGGGCUGUCGCGCCUUCCUCCCUUUUGGCCUCUUCCCUGCUCUGGCAGGUACCAGCUUGCACACAGAGAACACAAGGAAAAAGAAGAACAGAAAGAAGAUAGCAGCAGCACCGAAUGCAGCGAACAAGGAGUCAUGGAUCUGAAAUUCACUUCCUCAAGAAAAUACAUUUCCAUCAGUGUACCUUCCAAAUCUCUAACUAUGUCACCUCAUAUCAAAUCAGUAGAUGAUGUUGUAGUUCUUGGUGUCAAUCUUAGCAAAUUUAACAAACCUACUCAAUUUUUCAUCUGUGUUUCUGGAGUUUUUAUGUUUUAUCUAAUCUAUGGAUAUUUACAGGAAUUGAUAUUUUCCGUGGAAGGUUUUAAACCUUUUGGUUGGUACCUCACUUUAGUGCAAUUUGGAUUUUAUUCCAUUUUUGGACUAAUAGAAUUACAGUUGAUUCAGGACAAAAGGAGAAGAAUUCCUGGCAAAACCUACAUGAUAAUAGCAUUUUUAACAGUGGGAACAAUGGGUUUGUCAAAUACCUCUUUAGGAUAUCUGAAUUAUCCUACUCAAGUCAUCUUCAAGUGCUGUAAACUGAUUCCAGUUAUGGUAGGCGGGGUUUUUAUACAAGGAAAACGUUAUAAUAUUGCAGAUGUGUCUGCUGCCCUGUGUAUGAGUCUUGGAUUAAUAUGGUUUACUUUAGCUGACAGCACAGUUGCACCAAACUUCAAUUUGACAGGUGUGAUCCUAAUAUCCCUUGCCCUCUGCGCGGAUGCAGUUAUAGGAAAUGUACAGGAAAAAGCUAUGAAGUUGCACAAUGGUUCUAAUUCCGAAAUGGUUUUAUAUUCCUAUUCAAUAGGUUUUGUGUAUAUUUUAUUUGGAUUAACGUGCACUAGUGGAUUAAGCCCUGCAGUAACAUUUUGCUCAAAGCAUCCAGUUCAGACUUACGGUUAUGCAUUCCUUUUCUCUCUGACUGGGUAUUUUGGCAUAUCCUUUGUUCUAGCUUUGAUUAAAAUCUUUGGUGCCCUUCUGGCUGUAACAGUAACAACAGGAAGAAAAGCAACGACCAUUAUGCUUUCUUUUUUGUUCUUUGCAAAACCAUUCACAUUCCAGUAUGUGUGGUCAGGCUUGCUGGUUGUUCUUGGUAUAUUUCUUAAUGUUUACAGUAAGAAUAUGGAUAAAAUCAAACUGCCUUCACUACGUGGUGUUUGGAAAAAAAGUGUGGAAGAAAGAAAAACAAGGACAUUGUCACAAACUGUAUAGACAAUGGUUUAUGGUCUAGACUAUCACUUAACAUUUUAUUGGAACAGUCUUCAACUGAUUCACUUUCCAAAGGGAACAUUAUUAAAACCAAAGGAGCUGAAUGCAUAUUGUCUGCUUGCAGAUGGCUAGAAAUGCACAUUUUCGUGAGCCCUUUCUUCAGAGCACUUGAAUUCAUCAUAAAAGGUGUUAUAGGCCAUUGUCAGAUGGCUUUAUCAGUCAGUGAAGGACAGCAGCUCCUGGCAAACUGCUGAGAAGCUGCACCCCAAAUGUGACACACUAGAACACUUACUUGGGCAUUUUAAUAAUAUUGGCCACGUGGCUUGUUUGAGAUAAGCUGUUCUCCGUCUUUGUUAAUUGUCUAUGUGAGGGAAUUUAAAUGUAAUGCUGUAUUCACGUUUAAUGGAACCUAAUCAGCAAUUGGUUGACCAAAUUGCAGUUUUAAAGGUGGAAGAUUUAGAAUAUGAUAUGCUGUCACUUUUUCAUUUUAAAUAAAAAUAUUGUGAUUUUUUAAGUUA